GUAAAAACAUCAAAAAUGGAUAAUAGUAAUAAUUAUAAUGAUAAAUUAUUUUUUCGAGUUUGGAGGAAUCAAUAUUUGUUAAGAUUAAUAUUUCAUUUCAUUCAUACAGUAGAAUGGGUCAAACCUGUAGAUUAUAGGUACAUUGGCUUUUCUUUUAGAAAAAAGUUCAAAAAUAUAACAACAAUGGAGAGUUUGAUAGAUAAAAAAUUAUUUCAGUUACUAAAAUGCAAGUUAGAAGCUAAAGAAUUUAUU